AUGGCCGGUCCCACUCCUCAUUCCGAUGAGGUAUUGUACCUUCAUAAAGGUAUUCCUUUUGACGAAAGAUUCGUCCCGAUGAAUAGCUGGAAUGCCAUCGAGAGGUUCCAAGCUCGUCCAAAUGACAUCAUCAUCAAUACAUUUCCAAGAAGCGGAACCCACUGGCUACGGCGAAUCGUAGAGAUCAUUAUGGACUAUCCCGCGACUCCCGUAGUCGACAUGGUUAUUAUGGAGAUCACAAUGCCCGGCAGUGCCAAGCCAGUCUACAAAGAGCUUCAACAACUGAGGACAGACAGACCACGGGUUAUCGUUACCCAUCUACCACUCACGCUCUUCCCAAAAUCCCUCUUAGAGACGGAUGGUGUUAAGAUAAUCUACUGUAUGCGGAACUUUUUGGACGUAGUCGCAUCUUCGUUCGAGUAUGGAAAGAAAAGCUUAAUUAUGACGGACGUGCUAGACUACUCCAAGUUCGUCAAGUUUUAUGCUGACGGCAAAUGUAUGUUUGGGGAUUGGGCUGAACAUAUCAAGUUGAUGUGGGCUCGAAGAGAAGAAAAAAACACUCUUGUGAUCAAAUACGAGGAACUGAAGACGGAUUUCGAACAAACAACUAGAGCUAUUGGGGACUUUUUAGGGCGCCCUCUGUCAUCAGACAAACUUCGGCAGUUGGAUGAAGGUUCCUCUCUCGAACGGAUGAGAGCGGACCAGGAAGAUGGUGGUGAAUGGGUUAAAUACACCAAGCCUGUACAAAAAGGUGAGGUAAGUUUUGGAAGAGGGCUGUAUUCCGAUAAAGAUUUCGCUUUAUUGAAGAAAUAUGUGGAUGAGUCUCUAGCUGGAACUGGAAUUCACUUUCCAACGGGUGACGAUAUUAAUUAAAGGCAUUAUUGAUGAAUAAUUGAAAUGCAGUGGACACACUAGAUAAUUACUCAAAAUAAUCUGUUAUAUAAAAACUUACUUGGAAAUCAGGCAGUA